AUAAAAAUAGAGAGAGGAAAGCAAAAAUAAACCAUCCUCGAGACAAGCAUGAGUAAUCACAAGUUGAGGUUCUCUAUAUGAUGCCAAAUGCCUGCUUUUACAAGCUCAGAGACAUGGGCAGAACCAGAACCUCUCAUAUAUACCCUCAACAAAAAACCGUCCCUCCCCCACAAUUCCUACUGCUUCACAAUGUUGGAAUUAUUGUUAGAAAUGUGUUUCACUCAAUUCAAGGGAAGGGAAUGUUAAGGAAAGAAUCAGCUUGUGAAUCUGAAUCUCCAUUCAAUUAUUUCUGUACUAUUGUAAAUAUUAUUCAAAUCUUUUAUUUCCUUUUGUAGUAGGGUUAUUAGGGAUGCUCCCUGUAUAUAUUGCAUAGCUGCGCUCCCUGUAAAUAACGGCACAGCACACAGCUUGAUAAAUACAUAAAAACAUUUCAGUGAUAUUCUCAAUUACCUCUAUUUAAGUUUUAUUAGUGGUAUCAGAGCCCUUCUCAAACGAGACCAUGGCUUGCCAAAUCCCAAUAGACAGACCCACUUUUGUUCACGAGCAGCAUGCUUCUUCAGCAUGUCAAUUGUGUGGCCAAUCCGACCACCUCGCAAGGAAUUGUGCAAAUAGUCAUGUAACCACGGAAUUGGCGAACCUUGUUCUGCAUUCCAAGUACACUGGCCCUGACAAACUCCUAAUUGGUGAUGGUUCAGGUUUGAAAAUUACACAUUUAUGCAAAUCUGCCAAUGUUAUUGUUGAGUUUCAUGCUACUCAUGUUUUUGUGAAGGAUCGCAAUACGGGGGUGAUAUUGCUUCGUGGACAAAACAAAAAUGGGGUAUAUGAGUUUCCUGUUGUGAACCACUCUCAGUCACAACCAAGUGCUCUAGUGGGUGAAUGCACAUCUGUGACAGAUUGGCAUGCUCGAUUAGGACACCCAUCCUCAAAGGUUCAAAACAAAAUCUUCAGUGAAAUUAGUUUACCAGUGACAUCCAAGGUAGAGUCUACUGUUUGUGAUCCAUCCACUAGCAUGCCAAUCUCCACUUAUGCACCUUCACCUAUUGGGAUUUCACCUCAGUCCACGUGGUUCUCACCUCAGUCCACUUGGCAAGAAUCUCAUCCCCCUACUGUGAGUAAUUCACCAAACCACAUCUCUAAUUUCCUGCCCACUGCUGUAACCGUCCCAUCUACUUCACCUCCUUCCUCACAACCACCAUCUCAUCCCCAAAUUCCACACUUACCUGCCUCACCUACAGUUGAUACAUCCUCCACCUCUACGACUCCAUCUCAGAAUCAACCAUUAUCCUUAGCCAACUCACCUCCAUCAUGCCUUGAUGUCCACCCUACAAUAUCUUCCUCACCUUCUCCUCCACCAAUACCACCACCCACCAGAACUCACCCCAUGAUCACACGUUCCCAAAACCAGAUCUUUAAACCCAAGCAACUCUACCUUGCAAAAACACCUUGUUCUGAAAUUGAGCCAACAUGUGUAAGUCAAGCACUGAAAGAUCACCAAUGGAGGCAAGCCAUGUCUGAGGAAUUCAGUGCAUUGGUGAGUCAAGGUACGUGGGAUCUUGUUCCUUCUGCACCUAAUCAAAAUAUUAUUGGUUGCAAAUGGGUCUUCAGGGUGAAAAGAGGUAAGGAUGGACAAGUUGAACGCUAUAAGGCUAGACUAGUGGCUAAAGGCUUCCAUCAAAAACCAGGAUCAGAUUACUUUGAAACAUUUAGUCCUGUUAUCAAACCGACAACCAUCCGGACGGUUCUAUCCAUUGCAGUGAGCAGAGGCUAGAAAAUUCAUCAAUUGGACAUUAACAAUGCCUUUCUUCAUGGGAAAAUUGAUGAGCAAUUGUUUAUGCAACAGCCAGCAGGAUUCAUUGAUCCUAAUCUUCCACACCAUGUAUGCCGGUUGCACAAAUCCCUCUACGGGCUUAAAUAAGCCCCAAGGAUGUGG